AUGACACUGACGGCAACCAAAAUUCCAACAAAAACGGAAGUUAAUCUUCAAAGAUUAUUAGCCGUAUGCGAACAGUAUGCCUCGAAGGAGAAUGGCUUAAUUCGUGGACCUGAGAAAAUGAAAUAUAAUAUAAAAUAUCUUCGUAAAUUAUUAGAGCAAAUCGAGAAAGAAGCCAAAGAACAGGUAGACAAAACAGCCAUUAGCGAGUACGCACGUAAAAUUCAACGUCUGUCUGAUAUUGUCGACGAAUUUAAAUUGAUAUCUCCUGUAACUCGAACCUUUUCGCAAGCGCGUUUCAUAAAACAUGCACAUCAAUCACAAGAUGAAAAGAAUAAAGAGAAUCAACUGGAACUAAAAAUGGUCAGGCAGGCCGAAAAAGAAUUGAAAGAAGAAUUGUUGCAGCCUCCCACGCCUUCUUUUCAUACGGAGACAGAAGAUGCUAGAACAUAUUCCGAAAAAAGAUCAGAAUUAUUUUCUUCCGACAAUUCAAGCUCUGAUUUGAGACAGCGAAGGCCAAUAUUUGACGAAGAAGACACUUCUAAUAUUGAGAAUGUUUUACAACAUCACCGGAAAACGCAGGAAGAACUUACGCACGAUUUAGUGAAGAUGGCAGAAAUACUAAAGAUGAAUUCGGCAAUAUUCGGUGAUAUCUUGUCAAAGGAUGAAAAGAUCAUUGACGAAGCGCAAAAUAUUCUUGGUACCAAUCUAGAUAGAUUAAAAAAAGAAGGUUCUAGGUUAGUCGAAUAUGCGGCACAAUCCAGAAAGACUACGUGUCGAUGA